AAAAUAACCGACCCGACCCGACAUAGCUAAUCUAUCGUUAAAAAUUGAUUUAAUCAUCGUCUCUCCGGCACAAAACAUAUUGGUUUCUUGUCUGCGAGAUCCCUCGAUUUUCUCCGUGUUCUUCUAAUAAUCUCCAUAGAUUUUAAAUCUCUCUCUUUGUUGUGCUUUUUGUUUUUAUAAUUUUGUUUUCGUUUAAAUCUCAAAUUCAUCUGCUCUAUUAUACUGUUCCAAUUCGAUUCUUCACCGGCGUGUUGUGUUAUUCGAACGAAGAAGAAGAAGAAGAAGACGCAAAUCGAGUCGUCACUGGGAGGUGUGUAUGGUAUAAUGAAUCAAGGAGGGAACAUUCAGACCGUGGCUCCACUUGACCCUAACCCCAUUGAGAAACGAUAUGGUGUUGAAGUAAGCCAAGUGCAGACAUCUUCAUAUCAAUACUCAACUGGGUCUGACGCUGCCUCGUGGACAACACAUAGGGUAGAUAAUCAGGUUGUGCAGAAUGGGAACUAUUCAAACUCUAACUAUUACCAUCCACAGCCUCCAGUGCCUCCUGCCACAGGGAAUGUGCAAGAGACAGCAUCCUCAUCGACGUCUGGGACUGUAAAUGUGGGUCAAGAUUACAGUGGAUACACGCCAUACCAGACCCCUUCCGACCCGCAAAACUACUCCAACUCGGGGUAUACAAAUCACUACAGUGGCUAUCAACAACAACAACAACAACAGCAACCUAGCCAGUCAUAUCCUCAGCAGCCUGCAGGGGCGUAUCAAAACACAGGUGCUCCUUAUUCCUCAUUUCAGAAUCCAGGAUCUUAUGCUGGGACUGCAAGUUAUUCUGCAACUUACUACAAUCCUGCUGAUUAUCAGACUACUGGAGGAGGUUACCAAAGUACAAGCUAUAGCAACCAAACAGCUGGAGGUUACCCAAGUGCAGAUUACAGCAACCAGACUCCUACCACAUCAAACCAGGGAAACUAUACAUCAAACCCUUAUCAAAACUAUACUCCUGACGCAGCUAACAUUCAUAGCUCCGCUGCUGCAGCCACACCACCUGUACAUUAUCAACAGAACUACCAACAGUGGCCAGGUUAUUACAGUCAAACGGAAGUCCCAUGUGCCCCGGGCACGGAAAAGUUGCCUGCCGCUAGUGCAUUUAGUCAGAGCUUUCCAGUUACCAAUGAAAUGCCUGCUUCAAGUGGUCAGCCUGCUCCGUCUUAUGCCCAACCUUGGAGGCAGGAAACUGACUCAUCCCAGCCACCAUCUCAGCAGCCUGCUGCAGCGGUUAGUGCCUCUAAUGAUGCUUAUUGGAUGCAUCAAACACCAAAUCAGCAAGCUUAUUAUCCUGUUCCUCCACAAAAUCAUUACCAGAGUCCUCUGGAGACGAAACCUUUUUACGAGACCCCUAUUCAGGGUCAUCAGAGAGCUACAUAUCCUCAAGAACUAAACUCCCAGUCUUCCAUUCAUCAGGCACCUUUAACCUAUCGCCAACCUACUCAGACUACGCCGUCAGUGGAUACUCAAAGGGUAAGCAAAAUACAGAUUCCAACUAACCCUAGAAUUGCUUCAAACUUGCCAUCAGGUUAUACCAAAAUGGACAAAGGUAGAUCACCAGCCGGUGCAACCCAAACACCUGCGUAUGUUAGUGUUUCAAUGUCAAAUCCGAAAGGUCAUACCACUGCUAUGCCUGAGCCUGGAACCUUCCCAAAAUCGCUCUGUGGGUUUGUCGAGAGGGCUUUUGCACGCUGCAAAGACGAUAAAGAAAAGGCAUCUUGCCAGGCUUCCCUGAAGAAGAUCAUCACCGAAGCUACAAAUGAUGGUACUAUUAAUACUCGGGAUUGGGAUACUGAGCCUCUCUCAACUGUCCUGAACACAGAUGUGACUAACACCGAGCCGAGCUCCGCUCCUAUAUCUUCGUUACAAAAUAAGAGCCCAACAAGACGACCCAAAAGUAGAUGGGAGCCGUUAGUGGAAUCAAAACCAUUUGUCAAGUCAGCCCCAACUUUCACCACUGGUGUUAAGUUUGGAGGUUGGAAUCACCAAAAUGAAAAUAACAAAAAGAGCUCUGAUAGUUUUCAAAAGGUGGAUGCUGUCACUGGCUCAAAGCCCUCUUACUAUGCCCAAGAUUCUGCGAAAAAGAUUUUCCAGCGGCCUGUGAAGCGACAGCGUUUUUCUAGUGGUUCAUCUACUGCCAAUGAUAAUGAUUCAUCUAGUGAUAGUGAGAAGGAUCUCACGCCUUACUAUUCCAGCGCAAUGUCGCUUGCUAGUUCUGCCGACGAAAAGAAGCGGCGUGAUAGCCGUUCCAAGCGUUUUGAGAAAGUUCAAGGGCACAGCCGAGGGAAUGAUAUUCCUAAACCUAAAAUUUCAAAUUUUAGAAGGGGCACUGCACUGAGACUUGGCCAAGAUCUUGAUGAAAGUGGCAGCAGAGCUGUGGAAGACAUGGACUGGGAUGCACUGACCGUUAAAGGAACUUGCCAGGAAAUUGAGAAACGUUAUCUCCGUCUUACUUCCGCACCUGAACCUUCAACCGUAAGACCAGAGGAUGUGCUGGAGAAAGCUCUGUUAAUGGUCCAGGAUUCUCCAAAGAAUUAUCUUUAUAAAUGUGAUCAGCUAAAAUCUAUUCGCCAAGACCUCACGGUACAGCGGAUACACAAUCAUCUAACAGCGAAGGUUUAUGAAACACAUGCUAGAUUUGCUUUGGAAGCUGGGGAUUUAACUGAGUAUAAUCAGUGCCUGUCACAGUUGAAAAUCCUUUAUGCCGAAGGUAUAGAAGGAUGCACUCUGGAAUUUGCUGCGUACAGUCUGCUCUAUAUUACCUUACACUCAAACAACAACCGAGAACUGCUAUCAUCUAUGUCCAGGUUAUCCAAAGAAGCUAAGAAGGAUGAAGCAGUUAGACAUGCUCUCUCAGUUCGUGCAGCUGUUACAUCAGGAAAUUAUGUUAUGUUCUUCAGACUUUACAAGACUGCGCCAAACAUGAACAGUUGCCUCAUGGAUCUCUAUGUGGAGAAAAUGCGUUAUAAGGCUGUGACUUUUAUGUCACGGAGUUGUCGUCCUACAAUCCCGGUCUCAUACUUAGCCCAAGUGUUGGGCUUUGCUGGUACUUCAAGCGAAGGGGCUGGUGAAAAGGAGAUUGAUGGUAUGGAGGAGUGCUCUGAAUGGCUAAAAGCCCAUGGUGCUAGCCUCAUAGCUGACAGUAACGGAGAUAUGGUUCUUGAUACCAAGGCGUCAUCAACGAGUCUCUUCAUGCCAGAACCUGAAGAUGCAGUUGCUCAUGGAGAUCGAUAUCUAGAUGUCAAUGAUUUCUUUACGCGUACAUGAUGAAAAAAAAAAAAGUUAAUAUUUGUUGUGUAGUCUGAUGGGGAGAAAAAGGAAACUAAUAUAUAUACCAAAUUGAAGUUCAUUACA